AUGUCGAACAUACCAGAAGAUUACCUCGAAAGAGUUUAUGCUGGAGUACUCGGCAAGCUCAUCGGGGUAUAUGUUGGACGGCCUUUCGAAGGCUGGACACACCAGAGGAUAAUUAAAGAACUUGGCCACAUUCGGGGCUAUGUCCAUGAAAAAGUCGGCGACCCUCUUGUUGUCACGGAUGACGAUGUCUCGGGCACAUUUCAGUUCGUCAGAGCACUAGAGGAACACGGCUAUUCUCCCGACAUCUCAUCAGAAGACAUUGGCCAAACAUGGCUGAACAAUGUUAUUGAACAUCGAACAAUAUUCUGGUGGGGAGGCCGAGGCAUGUCGACAGAACACACAGCCUUUUUGAACUUGAAGCGAGGAAUACCUGCGCCACUUAGCGGCUCUAUUAAAACAAACGGCAAAACUGUCGCCGAACAGAUAGGCGCACAAAUCUUCAUCGAUGGCUGGGCAUUGGUUGCCCCCGGCAAUCCUACACUAGCAGCUAAACUUGCACGCGCUGCCGGUUCAGUAAGCCAUGACGGGGAGUCUGUAUACGCAGCUCAGCUGUGGGCCGCAAUGGAAGCAGAAGCCUUUGUAUCAAAGGAUAUCAAUCACGUUCUCGACGUUGGUCUUUCUGUUAUUCCUAAGGACUCUCUCGUUGCCCGUGUGAUAGGCAAAGUUCGAGAAUGGGUCGCGGAAGAUGGAGACUGGAUGAAGACUCGUCAGCGUAUCGAAGGUUCACAUGGGUACGACAAGUUCCACGGAGUUUGUCACGUCAUUCCCAAUCAUGCUAUUAUGAUAAUGGCUGUGCUCUACGCCAGUAACGAUUUCGACGAGGCAAUGCACAUUAUCAAUACUUGCGGCUGGGACACGGAUUGCAACUCUGGUAACGUGGGCUGUCUUGUUGCCACGAUGCUUGGACUCUCUGCGUUCCAGGGACCGUAUGACUGGAGGGGCCCUUUGGCAGAUCGUGCUCUGAUCUCAAGCGCGGAUGGUGGGUAUUCCAUCAACAAUGCUGUCCGAAUCUCAUACGAUAUUGCAAACAUUGGUCGACGUCUGGCUGGCUACAAAACACUUGAGCCCCCAAAGGGCGGUGCCCAAUUCCAUUUCAGUCUUCCAGGGAGUACCCAGGGCUUUCAACUUUCACGACCGUCUGGUGCCCAGCAGAGCAUCUCAGCUACGCUGCGGCAACGAGUUGACGGCCAAUAUGGUCCCGGGUUGGCCAUCGAUGUGGAGAACUUGGGCCAAGAACAAGACCAGCUUGAAGUCCUCACUCAAACCUUUACCCCCAAAGAGGUUUUAUACAUGAAGACAUAUGAGUUGAUGGCAUCACCACUGGUAUACCCUGGACAGACAGUCACAGCCAAAAUAAGAGCCAGCAGUGAGGGUGACGGUCAGGUUGUCGCUGGGCUGAGGCUGAAAGUAUACAGUCGGAAUGAUGAAUUGGUCACAAUCGAUGGACCCUCCGCUACAUUGAAACUAGGAGAGGAAUCCUCAUUGACUUGGACAAUCCCGGACGAAAUGGAUAGCCAGCCUAUCCAGAAAAUCGGCAUUGCCCUGAGUCCCAGCACGACAACUUCCUAUAAAGGUACCAUUUGGCUUGAUAGCCUCUCCUGGAUCGGUGUGCCGAACUCGCUAGUUCGCAAACCUCUACAGGAACCAUGCGAAUUUUGGCGGCGAGCCUGGGUCAAUGGUGCCGAUAACUUCAGCAAUUCAUCUUUUAUCAUCGCCCAAGGGCAGGGUGAAGGCAUUAUCACCUAUGGUACACGAGAGUGGGAUAACUACAGCGUCACGGUCCCCAACUUCAUGAUCAAAUUUGGUGCUCCAGCUGGUGUAGCCAUAAGGGUCCAAGGCCUCAAUCGUUACUACGCCGCAUUCUUCACUGAGGACAGGAGAAUUACUUUGGUCAAGGCGCUGGACGCACAGAGAAUUGAACUCGCAAGCGAGGCGUUUCCGUGGGACCUGGAUCAAAAGUACAAAGUGAUACUAACGGCAUAUGAUGACUUGAUCCGAGUUCGUGUUGGUGAUGUGGAUUUACAGAUCACUGAUAGUCAGUAUGCAUCGGGAGGUAUCGGACUUGUAGCAACAGAUGGGUGUGUGUCGGCGGAUUCUUUUGUAAUUGCGCCCAGUAGCUCGGCAUAA